CACAAUAGUCUUGCUCUAGCAAAAAAAAAAAAAAAAAAAAAUCUCUAUAAAUUUCAAGAAAACUGAUUUUUCUAAACCAAGUUAACAUUUUGCAAAUACCCUUUACUCUCUUUUUGUUUAUAUCACUGAUUUGUGCAAUAUCCAUUGCCAUUUUCCCACUUAAAUCUUGUUUUUGAGCUUUGAAAAUGGCUGUGGGUACAGUAGAUGAACCAGUUGAGAUAUUUAAGGCUCGUUCAGAUAAAAGGGAGUAUAGAAGAAUAGUUUUACAGAACAAUCUUGAAGUCCUCUUAAUCAGUGAUCCUGAAACUGACAAGUGUGCUGCUUCUAUGGAUGUGCCAGUGGGGUAUUACAGUGAUCCUAAGGGUCUUGAAGGUCUUGCUCAUUUUCUUGAGCAUAUGCUGUUUUAUGCAAGUGAGAAGUAUCCCGUGGAGAAUAGUUACUCAAAGUACAUCACCCAGCACGGAGGUUCCACCAAUGCUUAUACAUCUUCUGAGCACACCAACUUUUACUUCGACAUUAAUGCAGAUUGCUUUGAAGAAGCAUUGGACAGAUUUGCACAGUUUUUUGUCAAACCGUUGAUGUCACCUGAUGCUACAACAAGGGAAAUAAAAGCUGUUGAUUCUGAGAACCAAAACAACCUAUUAUCUGAUGGUCACAGAAUGUACCAGCUUCAGAAACAUCUGAGCUCUAAAGAUCAUCCAUACCACAAAUUUGGCACAGGCAAUUGGGAUACUUUGGAGGUGCAGCCAAAAGCAAGAGGGUUGGAUACAAGGGAGGAGCUUCUCAAAUUUUAUAAAGAAAAUUAUUCUGCCAACUUAAUGCAUUUGGUUGUUUAUGCAAAAGAUUGCCUUGAUAAAGCUCAAACAUUGGUACAGAGCAUAUUCCAAGAAGUUCCAAAUACCAAUAGAAGUUACUCCCCUGUUACUGAUCAGCCUUGCAAAUCAGAACAUCUUCAGAUUCUAGUCAGAGCUGUUCCAAUAAAGCAAGGUCAUAGGCUGAGGCUCGUGUGGCCAGUAAUUCCAGAUGUACUUUAUUACAAGGAAGGGCCUUCAAUCUAUUUGAGUCACUUGAUUGGACAUGAAGGAGAAGGAUCCUUGUUUUAUAUCUUGAAGAAGUUAGGUUGGGCAACAAGCUUAUCGGCUGGAGAGUCAAGUGGCGGUCAUCACUUCUCUUUUUUUGAAGUUUAUAUUAAUCUGACUGAUGCUGGGCAUGACCAUUUUGAGGAUGUUGUGGCACUGCUUUUCAAAUAUAUUGACCUUCUUCGACAAGCUGGUGCCUGCAAAUGGAUAUAUGAUGAGCUUUCUGCUAUGUCUGAAACUAAUUUCCAUUAUCAAGACAAGAUUUCUCCCAUCCACUAUGUGGUAUAUGUUGCAUCGAACAUGCAGUUUUACCCACCAAUAGACUGGUUGGUUGGGUCAUCUUUACCUUCAAGGUUCAACCCAGGCAUUAUUGAAGCAGUCCUAAAUGAGCUCACACCACAAAAUGUCAGAAUCUUUUGGGUUUCAACAAAAUUUGACGGUAAUACAGACUCAACGGAGCCUUGGUAUGGAACUGCAUAUUCAUUAGAGAAAAUAACAAGCUCCGCGAUUGAGCAAUGGGUGGAGAAGGCACCUGAUGGAAAUUUGCAUCUACCUGUUCCUAAUAUGUUUAUUCCUACCGAUUUGUCCAUUAAAACUGUCUCCAACAAGAUGAAUUUUCCAGUGUUGUUAAGGAAAUCCCCUUAUUCAAGGUUAUGGUACAAGCCGGAUACAUUAUUCUCCAUGCCAAAGGGGCACUGUAUAAUAGAUUUCACCUGUCCCCAAUCUAGAAGUUCUCCUGAAGCAGCUGUUCUUACCUCAAUUUUCGUAUGGCUGCUGAAGGACUAUCUAAAUGAAUAUGCCUACAAUGCCGAGCUUGCCGGUCUCAAUUACUGGAUAAGUGCUCACUGUAGUGGUUUUGAGGUUACCUUGUCUGGAUAUAAUCAUAAAAUGAGGGUCUUACUAGAAAAAGUUAUUGAUAAGAUUAUCAAUUUCAAAGUUGAGCCUGACAGAUUCUUUGUCAUCAAGGAAUUGUUCUCAAAGCAAUAUCAAAACGUCAAGUUUCAACAGCCAUACGAGCAAGCUUUGUACUACUGCUCACUAAUACUUAGGGAACACUCAUGGUCAUGGGAAGAUGAACUUGGAGUCCUUCCUAAUCUUGAAGUCGAUGACCUUGUUAAGUUUUAUCCUCUGCUGCUAUCAAGAACAUUUCUGGAGUGCUACACAGCAGGAAACAUCGACUCAAAGGAAGCGGUUUCAAUGAUCCAGCACGUUGAAGAUGCCUUUUACAAGGGUGCCCAGCCUCUAUCUCGGGCCCUAUAUGCGUCUGAGCAUCUGUCAAGUAGAAUCAUAAAGCUUGAAGAGAGCAUGAAUUACUUCUAUGCUGCAGAGUGCCUAAAUACAUCUGAUGAAAAUUCUGCUCUUGUCCAUUACAUUCCGGUGCAUCGAGAUGAAUACGUCAAGAAUGUAAAACUGCAACUAUUUGUUCUGAUAGCGAAACAACCAGCUUUCGAUCAGCUUAGAUCUGUUGAGCAGCUUGGUUACAUUACAUCACUUUCACGGACGAGCGAUGCUGGUGUUCGUGGACUGCAGCUUAUAGUUCAAUCCUCAGUCAAGGAUCCUAGAUAUAUUGAGUUGCGAUUCCAGGCGUUUCUCAAGACUUUGGAAGCUCAGCUUCAUGACACGUCAGAUGAUGAGUUUAAGAGAAAAGUCAAUGCUCUUAUUGAUAUUAAGCUCGAGAAGUUUAAGAACUUAUCGGAGGAAACUAAUUUUUUCUGGUGGGAGAUUUCUGGUGGCACCCUCAGAUUUGAUAGAAUUGAAAAUGAGGUUGCAGGACUGAAGCAGAUAACCAAAACAGACCUGAUCGAUUUCUUUAACGAAUACGUGAAUGUUGGCGCUCCUAAAAGGAAGUCAUUAAGCUUACAAGUCUUUGGCAGCUCACAUUCUUGUCAACUAAAGGCAGAGAAAGUCGAUCCUGUUGAACCAAACGUCGUCCAGAUUGAAGAUAUUUUCUGUUUCAGGAGAUCCCGCCCUCUCUAUCCUUCUUUUAAGGGAGACAUUAGCCAUUUGAAAGCUCAUGAUGCUGAGCAUCAGUGAUAUUAACAGUACAGGAAAAUACAAACCAAGAGACGGGAGAUUUAUAGUUACAUGGUUAUUGAAACACUGUAUUCCGAAGUGACUUGUUCACAUUAGACAUAGCUGCUACUCAUUGUACAGUUCAAAUAUAAACUGUUUUCAAGGAAAUGAAACGAACUCUUUUGCUUGGGA